AUGGAAGAAGAUAUUUCCGAUUCUAUAUCAGAAGUUGUUAACGAUUCAGAUCAUGAUACUCAUGCUAGUGAUGGUCAUAAAGGUUGGGAAUGUAAAUAUUGUAAUGAACAAUUUUUACGUGCAUCUGAUGCAAAUAUGAAUACACACCUGGCUUUAAAUUGUAAAAAGGCGCCACUUGAUAUUAAACAAGAACUUUUACGAAAAUUCCCUGUACCAAAUCAAAAAAGCAAAACUAAAACAGCAUUAGAUAUUAUUACUGGUGUACAGCCACGCAUUGACAGUAAAUUUCAAGUUGUAAAUAAAAUGGAUUCCGGGCAAGAAGAAUUAUGCCACAAAGCAUUAACUCGAUUUUUUGCUUUAAGUAAUGAUUGGCUUAAUUUUGAAACAGCAAGAGUUACAGUAGCUAUGGAAAAAGAACUUCAAAAUGAAAAAGUUUGUAUUAAACAAAUUUUAGAGGAUAAUAAUUCUGCUUUAACACCAGAAUUAAGAAAGCUUGUACAAAAUCGACAGUUUUGGGCAAAUGCAGAUGUUCUAGCAAAAAUAUUAUUACCAGCCAAAAAUGCUGUUAAAAUGGUUGAAUCAAAAUCUACAACAACUGCUGAUGUCUUUUUAUCACUUAUUCAAAUGGCAAAUACUUGA